GAAUCAACAGCUAAGCCGAGACUCGAACGCACAACGAUACCGAACUCUUCGGCGCCAGUCCAAGAUUCGAUCUUCCAGCAUUAGAUAGCAUCCAGUAUCUGCGUCGUCAGAAUGAGCGAUGGCGGCGCAGCUGACGUCACCGCGCCUGCGCCAUUACAGGACAAUGACUGCCCUUUGUUUCGUUUGUAAUUUGCCGAUACUCUCCCAUCAAGUCGGUUUGGUCUGGCAAGGAGGAAACGGAUGGGACGAUCUAGUUAGAGAGCAGCUCGAAGAAUCGACAAUCCGACAGCGUUUGGGAGGACGUCGCGACUCAGCCACCCAAAUAUGCUCCAUCUCCCCACCGACCGAGACGCAGGAAAGUUCGCCUCCUGCUGGAGGCCGCAGGAGACGCUCUUCUUUAGCGCAACUGACCGAUAUCCUGCGGGAAUGGGGCGGAGCGAAGAAGCAGCAAAAGCAGCUUCAUCGCAGGGAAACUCUGGCUGAUUUAGCGCGGAGUUUGCCUUGGGGCCGCCAAACCACUGCAGAAACUGGACCAACGCCCAGUAUAUGCACCAAGAAACGCAGAGAAUCCAGUGCAGACUCUGGAAUAAGGAGUUCGGGAUCGAAAUCACGUCGCGAUUCACACCACAAUGCCAUUUCGGAUUUCAGAACCGAAGUGGCCAAAUUGUGGCAACGGAGGGAAUCCGUAACGACCACAACGAUCGUUAGUCCCAGCUCGGUUUCAGCUCGAAGAGAUAGCGGAGAAUCAUCAAGAAGCGGACGACGCGACUCCACCUCGUAUUCCCAACAUGCAUCUAGAAGAGGAUCGGGCGAAAGCGGCAAAAGCAGCCGUAGGGAUUCCACCACAAUCAUCCUGUUGCCUCCGCCGCCGAAGAUCGUGGGGGCGACCAGAAAACGUCGCGACUCCAGAGGGAAAGUGGAUACUCCGAUUUACUACCGACAAGAGCAGCGACCUUCCACUUCUUCCACUGCUUCCGAUUCUGGAACUUCCGCAGGACUGUUGCAGAUCAGCACUGCGCCUGCCACAGCUACAUCUUCCACUGACUCAGCUUCUCAGUCCAACCAGGCUGGUCUUCCUUGCCCAACUAUAAUCACUUCCAGCGUCACUCCGCCAGCUACGUCUCCAACAGUUCCAGCUACAACAGCCACCACUCCUACUCAUCCUCUUCUUUCCACCAGGAGGGACUCUACCACUCAAUGUGGCCGAAUAGGCCGCCGAGACUCUAGGUCGCAUGCCAGCCCGGAGCGUCGCAGCUCCAGGCUUCAAAGACAAAAUACCGCUUUUGACGAAAGUUUGCCGCCAGGCAUGAAUCGCCGAGGUUCUCAACCGACAGCUCUCAGUCCUGAUAUCGACGAUUCGGGACGAAAAGCGAGAAGAGACUCUUUGAGUCCCGAUUCUGCAUCGAGAGGUCGCAGGGACUCCAGGUCCCACUUAAGUCCUGAUAGAUCUGGUGAACGCGAUAUAAGUCCAGUGCGUCGCAGUCGCAGAAAUAAACUAAGAAGACAAUCAACAAGUGUGGCAGGAAGACAUAAUCAUAGAUCGCCGGAUAGUUCAAGCUGCUCCUCUCGCGACCCCAGCCCGAGUGCCAGAGGCGGUCCGCCCCCAACUUCCGAAAAUUAUCGGCCAGCAAUUAGGCGUCAAUCCACCACCGAGGAAAUUCUGAUUGCUCGAGGCUUCCGACGACAAUCAACCACUGAAGAGAUGAUCCGCUGCCGGAACUUCCGCAGACAGUCCUCGCAGAGCGACGAAUGCCAAAGAUACAAAGGGCGGCGGGAUUCUUCGGCUCAGAUUCUCGAUGGGACGGUGACCACCAUGACCGUGGAAACUAGCAGUACGUUUUUCGAUUCAAGUACACAAACAGAGCCAACCCCCUUAUAUGAGAACAAUCACUAUCACGAAGAAUGUUUACGGUGCAAUUCGUGCGGCCUCAACCUAACUGGGCCCAAUCAGAAACGAGCCAGACGGUUCAAGAAUCAGAUCCUGUGCGAUCUGCACUUUGCCGACGUGGCUCUGAUGGAGUGCAGCGACUUUAUGCAGCAACUUAGAAGCUUCAAGCCUCAGAGUCUCGGCUGUGCUGUCGCUCGCAGAAAGAGCAGCACCACUUUGAUUUUUCCUUUACCACCGCAAGCGUGUUCUGACGAAUUUUGCGAAGAAUUCCCCCACAACUUUAUUCCCACCCCCGGCUACUGGAUCGAGUGCUCCAGACAGAAAAUCACCACCGACACAAUAUGGGACGAAAGCGAAUCGGAUCAUGACAAUGAAAUACAAGAAGGAAACGAAGAUACUCCUGAUGGAACCGACCAGGAAAAUGGCCAUGACUUGCGACGAAGGGACCGAAGCUGCAACGAUCUGUAUGAAGACGAUGAGGACGACGAUAACUCCUUGCCAAGGAAGAAAACCACCAUCGAAGAGCAGUGGGAGAAGAAUCAGGGCUUUGAACUCACUAGUGUGGAGCAGGAGACCUACGAAAAGUACUUCUAUGGAACGGAGCAUUGGAACUACUUUACCAGCGAUGAGGAUUUGGGCCCCAUUAUUCUCUCAAUCAAGCAGGAGACUUUGAAUAACAGAGACCAGUUUAGGAUAUUGGUGAGAGCGAUCAGUUAUACGGUGCACGGUCUGAUUCCAGCCAGCUGCGUGUUUGCGGACAGGUAUAACAGAGAAGAAGUUGUCCGUUCUUUGGGGAAUGAGGUGAACAUCUGUCCGGCAUUAACUCUAGGCCAGCUGCCAGAUACUCCCGAGGAACUUCUCAAAUUAGAUCAGGUAUUCAUCAAAUCCGAGUUAAAAGUCGGCGUGAUCUACGUGAAAGAGGGCCAAUAUUCUGAAGAGGAAAUCCUUGACAAUAAUGAUAACUCCAUGUUAUUCGAAGAAUUCCUGCAGGUAUUAGGCGAAAAGGUCAGAUUGAGGGGCUUCGAUCGCUAUAAAGGUGGCCUGGACACUGUACACGAUUUAACAGGGUUAUAUUCCAUUUACACAAAUUGGAGAAACAUUGAAAUAAUGUUCCAUGUGAGCACUCUGCUGCCAUAUGAGAGCCACGAUCCUCAAAAGUUGCAAAGAAAACGCCAUAUUGGCAACGAUAUUGUUUGUGUGGUCUUUCUUGAGGCCGACAACACCUCAUUCUCGCCCGCCUGUAUCAAAAGCCAUUUUCUGCAUACCUUCAUUUUAGUUCGGACAUCGCCUCGAAUCAAACGAAAACCCACUCGAUACGAAGUAUCGGUGGUAACAAGGGAUGAAGUUGGCGCGUACAAGCCCUAUUUAUGGGAGCAGAGCCUGUUCGAUAAAGGGCCGAUGUUUAGGGAAUGGUUGCUGACGAAAAUCGUCAACGGUGAAAGAGCCAGCUAUUCAGCUCCCAAAUUUGCCCGAAUGCAAGAACGAACACGCUCCCAAAUGCUGGAAGACAUCGUGGCCAAUCUACAGAAUCACGCGGAAACCGGUCAGAUACCGAAACCAUACAGGAGAGGCUCCUGGAGACCAAUUGGCCACAUGCGUCCAUCCUCCCCGCUUCUGGAUAGCGUUCGCGACCAGUUUGAGGAUUAUGACCAAAUCGCAAAAGAUUUCACCAAGUUCUUCAUCAAUUCCGACAUUAACGAAAAAUCAAACGCCCAUCUCUUCGACGUUUCCUUCAUGGUCGGCCAAAGUAAGCCGAAAACGAAGCUGGUGGGAGUGCGAGCCAUUCUAGGGGUCCGCAGCCGGGUGUUCCAGGAAAUGCUCUAUGGGAUCCAGACAGGGUUUGGUUCGCCUCAGGUACCAGUGGCGGAAAUUCUGGCACGGCCCGCUCCCACUCUGCUACACAGUCCGCAGCAAUCCAGGCCAAAGUCCAGCAAUUUCCUGCAAGUUCCCGACAUGGAAAGUCCCAGGCCGAAGAGCGUGCCCAGUUCCCCAAUGGUGAAAAGGGCGUUUACUCGCCUGGGAACCAUCACAGCUGGAUGGGGCAGAUCGAUACGAAAGCACAACGCUCAGCAAUUGUCUGCAGAUGAUAAGAAGAAAUGGGCAAGCAGCCAGGAUUGCUCCAACAAAGACACCAAGGAUAAAGAGGGGAAGGAGAAAGGCCCCACGCAGUUUCCGAUGCCCAAGCUCAGUGUCUGCGCAGAUGUUCAGAAGGUCGACAGGGCCAAACUGGCUCAGACUGAGUUCAUCAUCAUUGAGUUCGAUUCCGAAACUUUCMGRAUUUUACUCGAUUAUCUUCAUACAGGGUCUUGUCCAUUGACAUGUUCAACAAUACCUGGACUGAUUUGUGCUGCAGAACAUUACGAUCUGCCCGAUCUGCUGCAGGCCUGCUUCCAUCAUGCCAAGCAGUUCCUCAGAAUUGAAGUGGUUUGCUGCAUGUUGUCUUCUCUGGAAAACUACUACUGGAGAUACACAUCGGCAUCAGAACUUGUUAACAUGAUUUUGGCUUUUGUGGAGACCAGAGCUUACGCUCUGUUCCAGAUUCCCGAUUUUCUCAAUCUGAGCGAAUCCAUGGUGCAGAUGAUUAUAAGCAGAAAUCUAGAAAUACCGGAAAUAAGAAAAUUCGAAGCAAUGCUUGCAUGGGCGCGGCAUAAAAUCCGCACAAAAACGUCUAGCAAAUUGGAUGCCAAGAUAGAAUUUAAGUGCAUUAUGGAACGGCUGGCUCGGGACUUGAAACUGUACAGAAUUUCGCCUCAGGAACUCAUUAAGGUUGUGCUGCCAUCAAAGGCGAUAAAGAACGAAAGAAUACUGGAAACUCUAAUGUACCAAGCCAACUCCGGCAUGUACAGAAUACAGGAUUCCUACAUAAAAGAGUGCACUCAAAGGCUGCAGAAGCAGGACUCUCGUUUCUCUGAAUGGGAGUCAUUCGACUGCAGCACUUAGAAUAAGAGACAAUCAUAAGCGAUGUGUUUUCCCAAUAGAUAUUGAAAAAAUAUUGUGAUAUUAAUUGUACCUGAGUUACUAGUUUCCUCUUGUUCAAGCACAUUUCAAACCAUUCUAUGCACGAUUUGUUUCCUCACUUCGUUUGGAUAUUGUUCCAACUUUGGCUAGUUUUCACUUGACUUUCACAUAUUGGGGAAACAUAAUUAAUAAUCAAUGUUUUAAUUCAUUGCUAAUAAGGUUAAUAACCGCUAUUACCUGGAAACAAAUUAUCAAUUUUCAAUUUUUGUUACAAUUAUGGAUGUUUUCGAAAAGUUAACAGAAAAAAAUCUCGUCAAAACGCACAAUUUUUAUUAUUUCCACCCCCCGUAAGUUAAGGGGCUGUUUCAUGUGAUCGUCUGGAAAAUUGACCGAUAUCGAAAAGUUUUGUUUUAUUUAGGAAAAGCUUCUGGAGUCUCAAUGAUUAUCUAGCAUAUAUGCAGGGUGUUUCAGCAACAAAACCUACUAGUAUGGUUACUAUAACAGAAAUGAUUUAUUUAAAAUUGUGAUAUAACUUUUUCAAUAGAUUUGCUACCACUCAGUAUCUCAAAAACACAGCAUUUGCGUGAAACACCCUGUGUUUUUGCUCUAUUUAUUGCCCCGUGCCUCAUUUUCGACCGUUUAGAUUUUUGAUAGUUUCUAAUAAUGAAAAAACUGCAAUUAAGGAAGUGAGUAAGACUCAAGAACUCGAUAUCAAGCAGCUUGAGUGAUUUGAAGUAGUAGUAGAUGCUGCAGUGCUGCAUGCAAAAAGUAAAGUAUUUCCAUCUAAAGUCGCUCUGGCAAGCAAAAAUCUAAAAGUGCCAAAUGAGGUAUAAAUAUUAUAACCAUAAUAUAAAGGAAAAUCUCAUUCAUUAACCAAUCAUCAAUUAUUAUCGUCAAAGUAUAAAUAAAAAAACUGUGUAUAUGAAUCUAAGAUAUACAGCAGGUUACAGCGGACCUUAUUUCCUAAAAUAUCGUUUAAUAAGGGCAGAGGGCCCUGAACAGAAUAAAUUGUGUAAUAUUAAGGGUUCUUGUAUUUAUACAUAACUGUAAUAUAAUCUGUAUGUGUUCGAUGUUAUUGAUAAAUUACUAGAUAAAGAGGAGCAAGAAGCACGAAAACAAAAUGUGUGUUCCAAGACUUAAAUAUAUUUUAAUUACCUAGGUAGCAAAUGAAAUGUUGAAAUAUUUUGAUACUAAAUUUCUUAAAUAUCUAAUAUAAAAUUCCGACAGCAUACUUGUUACAGCCACCAAACAUCGUAAGAGCGUGUACAUAAAUUUCCAUUUGGUUACCAUCAAAAGAAGCGAAAGAACAUCAUUUAGCUAAACAGAAAAAAGCGAUUCCUUGUCCUGACACUGAAUUAUGGUAAAAUAACAAAUAUGCUGAUCCUAGUUCUUACUACCUUAUCUUUUUAAUUUUUUUUGUAAUGUGGUAAGUAUAAGUGUCUUAUAUACACAUAUAUAUCAUAAUGGCGAUUACCUGUAUGUGCACGCGUCUCCUGCGAUCUAAUCGUAUCGCAUUAAAUGUUAAUAAGAACGUUAUCGUAAUCGUUGUUGUCUGUUUAAAAAUAAUAUGUUAUUUAUUGAGACACUCUUUUAGUUAUAAGAGAAUCUAUCGAGUGUUAAAUUUCUAACUGCAAAUGAAAAUUUGGUGUCACGUGUCCGUUUUAUUCUGUCGAGCUGUUCGCAAUCUUGGGUGUAAACUUGCGCCUAUUUGUCAAUGUGAAAGUCAGCGAAUAAGAAUAAAUAUUUAUUUCCUAGUAGGAGUAUCAGCCUUUAUUUGCCAAUUGCCUAAAUUAUUAUUUGCAGCCAAACUGAAUCAGUUCUCUUAUCGUGUAGAAGUAUCCAUUUUUUAUUGUGAAUUGCAGUUGUUUCAGUGUAUAGUGUAAGAACGAUUGGAAAUAUAAUUGAUUAUUGCCCAA